AUGGGGCGAGGUAGCGGCACCUUCGAGCGUCUCCUAGACAAAGCCACCAGCCAGCUGCUGCUGGAGACUGACUGGGAGUCCAUCUUACAGAUCUGUGACCUGAUCCGCCAGGGGGACACGCAGGCGAAAUAUGCUGUGAGCGCCAUCAAGAAGAAAGUCAAUGACAAGAACCCCCAUGUGGCCCUGUACGCCCUCGAGGUCAUGGAGUCGGUGGUGAAGAAUUGUGGGCAGACAGUCCACGACGAGGUGGCCAACAAGCAGACCAUGGAGGAGCUAAAGGAGCUGCUUAAGAGGCAGGUGGAAGUCAAUGUUCGGAACAAAAUCUUGUACCUGAUCCAGGCCUGGGCACACGCCUUCCGCAACGAGCCCAAGUACAAGGUGGUGCAGGACACCUACCAGAUCAUGAAGGUGGAGGGUCACGUCUUCCCAGAGUUCAAGGAGAGUGAUGCCAUGUUUGCUGCAGAGCGGGCUCCUGACUGGGUGGAUGCUGAGGAAUGUCACCGGUGCCGAGUGCAGUUCAGUGUGGUGACCCGGAAGCAUCACUGCCGGGCGUGUGGGCAGAUCUUCUGCGGCAAAUGCUCCUCCAAGUACUCCACCAUCCCCAAGUUUGGCAUUGAGAAGGAGGUGCGCGUGUGCGAACCGUGCUAUGAACAGCUGAACAAGAAAACAGAAGGAAAAGCUGCUUCCACCACCGAGCUGCCGCCGGAGUACCUGACCAGUCCCCUGUCCCAGCAGUCCCAGCUGCCCCCCAAGCGGGACGAGACUGCUUUGCAGGAGGAGGAGGACCUGCAGCUGGCCCUGGCCCUGUCCCAGUCGGAGGCGGAGGAGAAGGAGCGCAUGAGACAGAAGUCGACAUACACUGCGUACCCCAAGACGGAGCCCACGCCCGUGGCUUCGUCCGCGCCGCCCGCUAGCAGCCUAUAUUCCUCUCCUGCGAACUCGUCAGCACCUCUGGCCGAGGAUGUGGACCCCGAGCUGGCUCGAUAUCUGAACCGGAAUUACUGGGAGAAGAAGCAGGAGGAGGCACGCAAGAGCCCCACGCCUUCGGCACCGGUGCCCCUGGCUGAGCCAGCUGCCCUGCCCAGGGAGGCGCACACAGCCCCAGCCAAUGCAGUGGAGAUGCCCCUCCCCGAGCCUGACUCUCAGCCUGCGGCACCAUCUGGGGGUCCUUUCAGUGAGCAAUACCAGAACGGGGAGUCGGAGGAGAGUCAUGAACAAUUCCUGAAAGGGCUGCAGAAUGCUGUCAGCACAUUCGUUAAUCGCAUGAAGAGCAACCACAUGCGAGGCCGCAGCAUCACCAACGACUCGGCUGUACUCUCGCUCUUCCAGGCCAUCAAUGGCAUGCACCCCCAACUCCUGGAGCUGCUCAACCAGCUGGACGAGCGCCGGCUGUACUACGAGGGGCUGCAGGACAAGCUGGCCCAGAUCCGAGAUGCCCGAGGGGCGCUCAGCGCCCUGCGUGAGGAGCACCGGGAGAAGCUGCGCCGGGCAGCUGAGGAGGCUGAGCGCCAACGCCAGAUUCAGCUGGCCCACAAGCUGGAGAUCAUGCGGCAGAAGAAGCAGGAAUACCUGGAGGUGCAGCGGCAGCUGGCCAUCCAGCGCCUGCAGGAGCAAGAGAAGGAGCGGCAGCUACGCCUGGAGCAGCAGAAGCAGACGGUGCAGAUGCGCGCGCAGAUGCCGGCCUUCCCGCUACCCUACGCCCAGCUCCAGGCCAUGCCCACGGCUGGGGGUGUCAUGUACCAGCCCUCGGGUCCCACCAGCUUCCCAGGCACCUUCAGCCCGGCGGGUUCAGUGGAAGGCUCCCCCAUGCACACAGUGUACAUGAACCAGCCUACCCAGGCUGGUGGCCCCUACCCCAGCAUGCCUGUGUCCGGAGCAGAUCCCAGCAUGGUGAAUGCCUACAUGUACCCAGCAGGGACCGCAGGUGGGCAGACUGGGCCUCCCGGCCAGGCUGGGCCCACCAACAGUCCCGCCUACUCGUCCUACCAGCCUCCCCCCACACAAGGCUACCAGACGGUCACCUCCCAGGCUCCUCCGAGCCUCCCAACCCUGCCCCAGCCCCCACCUGGGACCGUGGGUUAUCUGGGGAGUCAGCCUGUUUCCGUGGGCUAUCAGCCCUACAGCAUGCAGAACCUCAUGACCACCCUCCCCAGCCAGGACGCACCUCUGCCCCCCCAGCAGCCCUACCUCUCAGGGCAGCGGCCCGUGUACCAGCAGAUGCAGCCCCCCGGGGGCCCUCCACAGCAGCCCCCCCCUGUGGCCCAGCAGGCAUCUGUUCAGGGGAUGCCAACGCAGAGCAGUGAGGCCCAGCUUAUCUCCUUUGACUGA